AUGGCCGACUCGACGCGAGUGAGCGAAGCGGAGCUCCAACGUCGCGAGUCCUACAUACGGGCUCAUCGGAGACAUCAGAAUGUUGCUGAUCCUUUCACGUGGACUUAUCCCUGGAAGGUUUACUUAUAAAUAUCACUCUCAUGGCUCCCCUGAAAUCAGCUUUUUUGGCGAUCUCUUCUUGAUCAAAAUACAAAUACUGGUGAAGUUUUAAGCGAUGAUGUCUCUGUAGAUGUUUUUUUUAAAUGUCAGUAACGCAAACCUAAUGCGGACUUUUUUAAGUUGUUUCAAACGUUGACUUAGUGUUAUAGUCUGUUCAGAUUUUGAAUGUCAACCAGCUAACUCCGCCCCUGUUGAGACGGUACUUUUUCGCGUCGAUGUUUCAUCGCACGGGACUAAUUUUGAUCUUUUUCGAUCUAAAAGAUAGAAAAAGAGGUCAAAAAGCAGCCUUAUUAAAGGGCCAUUGGCACAUGUAGAUAAAACAUUGACGCGAAAGAUAUUGUAGCCUUGGGGGUGGAGUUAGCUGCUUGACAUUCAAAAUCUGAACAGACUAUAUAGUGCGUUCCGCGCGGAAACGGUCACGUUUUAAAAGAACAGAAAAAAAAGCGAAAUACAAACUUCAGCUAUAAAAAGCUGGCGGAAAGAAAAGCGAGACAAGCUGGCGCGGAAUGGGCUAUACUGCCAUACUUUAGCCUAACAAGGGAGGAGUCGAAACUUAUUAUUAGAAGAGUCUUUUUUGGAUGACGAGAAAAGCUGGUUACUGUUCUCUAUUUGAAAACAAAUAUUCAAAAUAUGUCUUUCAUCCUUCUCUUCUGGCAAAAUUGUUUGACUGUAAUUCUUUUUUUAUGGCGAAGUGCUGAAAAAGUUUUGCAGAUUGAAAGUAGUUCAGAUUCACAGUCAACUUCAGAUUUCUGUAAAACUAAUGAGGCAUGUAGUGUUUGAAUGUUCUGUACGUUAACUAUUUGGAUUUGAAAUUUUCUUCGGAAAGAGAGUGACUAGGAAGGGAUAAGAAAAGCUUUUUAUGUUUCCAAAACGAGUUUAAUAAAUGCUACGAAGUUAAUUGAUAAUAGAUCUUAUUCUAGAUUCAGACACAAAUCGGGCAGGGGCCAAUAAUCUAUCGAAGGGUCUGAAGCCUCACGAUGGUACCACGGUUAUACCAUGCAAAUAUAUAGAAAAAUGCGAUAGACUUGCGGUAUACUACUCAGCACUAACGGUAGAGCUCCGAUUGUGCUGAAGUAUAUACCGGAGGUAUGAAGAUGAAAAUAUUAUUAUACCAUCCUGAUUCAUUUUGAGGUAUAUGCUCGGUAUACUUUUAUUACCUGACCCCGAUUCUUCUAUUUUUUUGUUCCAACCGGUUUUCAUUGAGGAUCUUUUUUAGGGAGCCGGAGCGAUGUUCGGAAUUUCGAUGAUUGCGGCGCUUCUUCACAACAGGUGGAACAAAAAGCCAUACUACUACGGUGAGAAUCUAAGACAGUGAUCGACGGAAGAGAAUCGUUCAAAUGGAAUCUUCUGAGGUGUUUUUCUAUCGGAGCAAGGGAAGUCGUUAAGCUGAGAGCACUCAAAGUGAAAAUGUCAAGCGUGUUUUCAUCCGAUUCAAAAGUCUUGAAAUAGCAUAGUGAAAAUUUACGUUUAGCAGGUUUUUUCGAAAACAAAAAGAUUCUAAGCUCUAUUUUAUUCUCUCAAUUGUAGCUACGUGACUCUCUCUUACCCCCCGAUGAAGAUCCCCUCUGAAGGAGCUCCAUUUGUGCGUUCUGGGCCUAGGCCUGAGAGAGCGAGAUAAAUGUGUGUGCAGCGCUGUAUCCGCGAUUGGUCCUCGUCGGAGGAGUGACGGCGAUCGGCUACGCGAUGGGAUGUCUGCGUCAGCGACAUCACCAAACUCGGGAAGCCGUCAUCCAGCACUACACCCAGCUCCAUCCCGAGGACUUCGACCACUUCAACGAUCGUUCGUUUUUUUUUUCUCGGAACACAAUGCGUUUUUUCAAAAACUUUUUUUGAUACGCUGAAGGAGGAGCUUGAAAGUCGCAACCUGUAAACGUGUCUAGUUCUUCCAUAUAUUCUCUCUGAACAAGUAGUUUUCCUAUCAAGUUUUUUUCUUCAAAAGUUUAAUCUUCGAUUAAAACUAUUCUCUUGUCAGUUGAUACGCGCGCUCCUGAUAAUUAUCCUUCAAUAGUACUUCGAAAAAAAUGUUUCUCGCAGUGCGAUUUAAGAAAAUGAUAAAAUUUCUCAUGAUAUUUGUUUUUCCUUUCUUUCAAGUUAUUGCACGAGUCCGUUGGAAAAAAAUAAAUUUAAAAAAACUGAUCAAGCUUCUUCAUCAUUGAAAAUUACACUAAUAAAUGAAAAAAAUUUCAGUAAUAUUAUUUUUCCAUUGAAAAUAAAAAAAGAAAAAAAAUCGAAGUUUGCACUUUUUUUCUUAAAGUUUCACCAGGAUCAUGACUCAUGAAUGAAGGAAGAAAGGGAACGGUUUGUUCCUUUCAUAUCAAUACUGUUCAAAACCUUCUGCUUCAGGAAAUGGUCGCGCUUUCUCGCAAAUCAUGUUGCCGUGGUACCCGAAGCGAGCUCAAUACACCAAGUACGAUUGAACCUUCCCCAUCAUCUGGCGUGUUCCUUUUCUCUGUUUUUCUGUAGAAAUUAUAGGUUCGGAGAUAUGUGUUCUCAGUCUUAGAUUGUUUUUUAUUAUCUUACGAGACUGUGUGUAUCGAUAAACAUUCUUUAAAGAUCUUCGAGUUUCCUGAAUGGAAAUAAUCCGUUUUUGUUUAUUUAUUUACUCAACUCAUCAGUUCAGGAGACAGAAAUUUUUGCAGAGACUAAAUAUAAUGGAAGUUGUUGAUGAAGAUAAAAUCGCGGAACGCCGCGAAAAGUUGAUGAUGAGGCUUGGCCAGAGAAACGAAAACAAACACAAAUCGAUCGGUUUGGCUCUCCUUCGGAGCCAUUUCAUAAGGAAAUCUUCCAGCUUCGGAGGCAAAAGCCCACGAAUCCGAGGUCGACCGUGUGCUGAGUUCUGUGCAGAGGAACAUUUCUGCCGGGAUCAUUGACGAGAAGGAAAUCGCAGUUCUCGGUUCUUUUGAUUUUGUUGAUUUUGUUCAUAUUUUGCCCUUCAUUUCUUCUUUUCAAAAUUGGAAAAUUUUUGAAUUUAAAAUUUUCACUUGGAAGUUACUCUCCUUGGAAGUCCGUCAACUUUCAGAACAAGAAAUUUCGAUGUCAGAAGGCAGCCGCCGAUCGAAAAUAAUACAAGAAGUGCUUGAAAAAGUCCGACUUUUCCGUGUCGCAAAGCAAAAUGAACGACGCGUCGGGUUCUCCUUCAACGUGAAUAUGAUUCAAUAAAUUUAGACAAGAUUUAUAUGCAGAAAAAUAAUUCAUCAAGAAGAAGCGCCCAGCCGAACAAAGAUCCUGAGUUAAAAACGACAGUCUGUGAGAUUCCUGAAACGGAUCCUGCGGCAACAAACACCAAUGUCGUCGAGAACCUGGUCUGUUUCUUCCCUUCCAGUCUGAGCCAUUUUUGGAAAGCGGUUUCUCUAUGACUCUUAACUUGGAAAAGGUCAUAAGCCUUCUUUUCUCGCUUCUUUCAAUCGGCUCUCGAGCCUCACCUGUUUUGGAAUUUUACUCGUUUAAAGCAAUUCCUUCUCGAAGAUACGGAUAAUUGUAAACGUAUCAAAUUGUUUUUCAGAGUGAUUGCCAAAAGCUGUUGGUAGGAAACGAUGGUGCGGACGUGGCCCUGAAGAACAUCCAAAGAUGUCGUUUGGAGUUUUCCUUCAAAGCCUCGGCCAUCCACAUCCGCGUAAAGUUUUCUGGCUGAGUUCAACUUCUUUUUCUUUUAGAACGUCAAGGACAGCACUCUGAUAUUCAUGCCGUGCGAACGUUCCAUCCUGAUGCACGACUGCCACAAGUUUUUCCCUUUUUCUUCGCCCAACCAUUCAUUGCGUUUUAAGUGUCGUUUUGUACGCGGCCGCCCAGCAGAUACGAGUCCACACUUCCCAGAAGCUGGAGAUGCACGUCGUCGUCCGCGGCGCCGUCGUCUUGGAAGACUGUACCGAUUUGAAAUUCUCUCCAUACAGGUUUCCCACUUUUUUUUGCCUCUCACACGUUUUUUUUCAAUACUUUUAAAUUUUCUCCUAAAAGGCGGAUGCCGAAAAAAGUCUUUUUCAUCUAAGAUUAUUACUCUAUGAACUCAAAUAUGAUUUUUUUUUUUCUUUUUCGGUUUUUUUUAUGGUUUUGAUAAGAUUUUCACUCCUUAUUUAAAUGGCGUUCUUACAGAGUCUUAUCGAAAAAAGGUGUUGAAAUAGAAGCAGAAGACAACGGUGAAUGGCGAAGGCCGCGCGAUUUUGACUGGCUCGCCUCUGGCCAAAGUCCACACUGGAGCGUCGUCUCAGAAACUGAUUGGUCGACUGAACGCAUGCUAUUAUAG